UUUCACUCUUGACCUGUUCUGAUUUCACACUGCCACUAGCGUCAGAUGCCGUCGCUGAUCAGACCUGCCUUGCGCGACAACGCUUUUACGGACAAGGUAAUCUCCCCAUGAUGUCAGGAGGAAAAAGAGAAUGCGAAGGAUGUAAGAGGUGAAUUGCUUUGUUCAGUCGUCUUGGGCGCUCAGAACAAGGCCUUUACAGUCUGGAGCGCCGUUCCAUCUUGUAACGCUUUGUCUCACACGCCUACGUUGUGACUCGAACACGGUUUUUGUCUUCAUACAAAAGCAUCAUGUGCGUUAUUGUUCUCGUGCGCGCGUAACCGCUCGCUCCACGUCAAGUCUCCAUUGCUCUUCUUGCGCAACUACUCCAGGGCUGCCUACUACGUCAUCGACUACGUCCACCCCGUACAAUUAAACGUGUCCUUCCAUUAAUUACUGAAGGCAAGGUCAAGAUUAUUCAAAGCUUAUUCCGCCAUGGCUAAUCCGCGAACAGUCAUCAAUCCAUUUACCAAGAAUGAACACCGCAUGCGACGAAACACGAGGGGUACGAAAUGGGUCACAGCUAGCCCUUCGACGGUAGUCAAACAAAAUCGUGACUCUGAGCAGCGGCCACUACAGCCCAAAAAUCACGAGUUCAGUUUACUCAGCGACUUGAAUGGUGGGCCCACUGAGACGCGUGUACCGUCAUCGAUAAGAUACGAGACAAAACCACCACCACCAUCUUCAAAGCUCUCUGCAACCCAUACGAAGGUCUCAUCCCAGGAAUGCCCUGUAGCAGCACCAAGACCUCUCGACUUCUCGAAGCUUGAACAGACCUGGAAGACAUCAGAUGCGGCUGUCCUUCCUCGCUGUUCAACGUCAAUAGUAUGGCCUGAGCAAGGAACAAAGUGCAUGCGGCAGAACCAGAAUUUGGAUGAACCAUCUAGUACUGAUCAAGCUACAGUCCGGAAGCAGAAACGUGAUCAGAAGCAAGCUGUUUCUGGUCCGACUCAUUGGUACCGCACAGCUAAGCACAUCUAUACUGCAGGUCCAAAGGGUGAGGGGCAGAAGGUCUGGGAAGCAUACCAGCAGACACUUGGCUAUAGGAAAGUUGGUAAUGAGGCCUCAGAGAUCGAGCCCCCCGAAAUAAUGGUGAAGGCGCAGAUCGAAAGGCGACCGCCUUGUCCUCUUCUACCCCCAACAAGUCCUGAUGGAGUUCUCUUCCCACCGCUGCGGCCGCGGACGUCUCAUACUCAAAAAGGUAGCAGAGUGAACAUGACUGAUAGGUCGGACUCGCGGAGAGAUUCUGGCUUCUCGAGUUCAACCUAUGAAACAUCGUUAGCCACUGAAAGAACAGUUGGGUCGUUGGCUGAUGUGAAUAACCCUCUCCCUUCUUUUCCACGAAUAGACAUAGCACCAAAGGUACGAAGAGCCAAAGAAGGACCAUCAGUAAAUUCCCGGCAGCCCGCUGAGAGAGAGGGGUCACACUCAUGGUGGAAACAUUCGCCUUCCAGAGCGCCCCAAUCUCUGAAGUUCAAGAUCUCACGUCCUGGCCCGCUGAUAACGCCAGUCAAAGAUACCACAGUCAAUAUAAAUGGAGAACGUGACGGGUUCGGCAGACCUGUAGCUGCAAUUCUGCUUCCUGUAACCCGCGCUGACGUACCCUUUUCCCAGCUGCCUCACGUUCAUGAGAAAACCAAAGGGACUAGCCGACCAUCACCUCGAGCUUUUCAUCUCCCUACCUUCCAUCUCAGUCCUUCUAAGAGCAAACGCAACGGUCGAGAGAAAGCAAAUGGAGAUGAGGACGACGACGCUCACUCAACAUACUGGCACGACAAGGUCGUAGGACCUACGUUGAAGACCGGUAAAUCGUUGAAGCAAACUGCUAGGGAGACUAUAGAAAGUGUACAUUCAGGGAGAAAGAAGACAUCUUCAGAUAUUAGCUUUGCGUGCCAGGGUAGGGUAGACGAUGGGCUGGAUAGGUAUCAGGUCAGUGAAGGUUCCUCGUCAAGCGAAGAUGAGAAGGACCUGUAUCCUGAACCGUUGUUCUAUGGCAAAAGGUCAGACAGAGAUAAGGAGUUUUAUUAACCUUAUGUUGGCGCUUUAGAGGCCCUCCUUCGCAUCACUCUUUCCGUGGAAGGUCAGAUGACACUUCCAUUGUACUAUUUCCUAUCUGCCCAUCUUCUGAUCAUUUUACUGUAGAUAGCUUUCAAGAAAGUGUCAAAAUGCACUUGCACUCAUCUCAUACUAUAUUCCUCCUUCGCUUGUACCAUCUACUUCUCUCACACCAAGACAACCCUACAACUUGCAUUCCCGCGAAAGAACAUCACGCAGCCCGACAUUGAUCAGACGCGGGAAUCCCAUUCGGACACCCGGGCAUGACACUAAUACUACUCGCAUGAUCACUCCCCCU